UGUCCCAGGUGGCUUCAAGCCCUGAAAUAAGAAAGCAGUCGCUGAGGCCACCACGAUGCCUUUUUUCUUCUUUCUUUGCUUGAAGUGGGGGAAUGUUCCUUACAAAAAAACCGGAAUAUGAAAUGAUCACUGCCCCCAGUGAAUAUGGUGAAGAAGCUGGUUAUGGCCCAGAAGCGUGGAGAGACACGAGCCCUUUGCCUGGGUGUAACCAUGGUGGUGUGUGCCGUCAUCACCUACUACAUCCUGGUCACGACUGUGCUGCCCCUCUACCAGAAAAGCGUGUGGACCCAGGAAUCCAAGUGCCACCUGAUUGAGACCAACAUCAGGGACCAAGAGGAGCUGAAGGGCAAGAAGGUGCCCCAGUACCCAUGCCUGUGGGUCAACGUGUCAGCUGCGGGCAGGUGGGCUGUGCUGUACCACACGGAGGACACUCGGGACCAGAACCAGCAGUGCUCCUACAUCCCAGGCAGCCUGGACAACUACCAGACGGCCCGGGCCGACGUGGAGAAGGUCAGAGCCAAAUUCCAAGAGCAGCAGGUCUUCUACUGCUUCUCUGCACCUCGGGGGAACGAAACCAGCGUCCUGUUCCAGCGCCUCUAUGGGCCCCAGGCCCUCCUCUUCUCCCUCUUCUGGCCCACCUUCCUGCUGACCGGUGGCCUCCUCAUUAUCGCCAUGGUGAAGAGCAACCAGUACCUGUCCAUCCUGGCGGCCCAGAAGUAGAGCCAUCCAUGCCAUACCAGUUGUCAGGGCACAGGGGACUGGCUGGGCCCCCAAGGCUGCUCCACACUUGCAGAUCAAUGCCUUCUCCACCUGCCCUCCCACUCUUCCACUCCUAUCCACCCUGUCUUCUGUUGCAGGACUAAACUUUGAGAAAUCCUUUUGUGAAGUCAUUGCCUGCUCAAGAAUGUACAAUGGCUCCCCAGUGCCUUGGAGGCCAUAAGGGCAGCCAGUUAUAGCUCUCUAUUACCUGUCCCCACUCAACUGACUCAUACCUGUUUCCGGCUGCAUCACUAUAUGCCCCACAGAGAACGAUGAUCGUCACCUCUGUGCCUGACUUCUCCCUGUUGUCUCAAAGCGGUGCCCAUCCUCCCCCGGAAGCUGUUCCCAGCGAGCUUCAGUCCUUUGUUUGACUUCUCUAAUAAGAACAACAGCAGCUCCCAUUUCUAGAACACAUUUACAGUAUUACUAUUUUCUAGGAUAGAAAGUGCCAUAUAUAUUUUUAAUUCCAAUAUUAAUAAAUUAUGCAAAACAACAAUCAGCUGCAAGGAAAUACACGAGAACUCAUCAAAAUAUUAGUGGUGGGAUGGUGGUUAA